AUGGCGAGCGGUUGCGGUGAUGGUAGAUGCAAUUAUGGACAAGGUCCCCCACCGCAACACGGUAUGACUCUAUCAAGUUUACCUACCUCUUCUUUUAACAUUCACGGUCAUCACGAUAAUAACAGUUACGCGGAUAGAAUGAGCACAUUGAGAAGCUUGCACGGAGAUAUAGUCGAUUUGAGAAGGCAACAAUAUCGACACGGACUAGACAGAGUUUUAGUUUGCGAAUUGGAAAGGCAUCCCCACGGGAGUAGAGCGGCAACACUACAGUUGCCAAGGAGAAGGAGAGAUCAUCACUACGGAGAUGAAGUACUCAGAAAGGUUGAUGGGGAUGAUCCCGUUUAUGAAGAAAUUCGUCAAACUGCUUCAGAUGCGUCCGAUGAAGAACUUCGCCGUUGCGUUGCGAGUCGACAAUCUCUUCGCAGCUGCGGUGACCAUAGUCCAUUGAUUCCGUCAGCACACGUACCCGCGGAUCCAUCGAGACAUCAUGGAUCACACGUUCACGUUGUUUCGGAUCCCCACGGUUUUUUAUAUUCUCCCCGAUCUCAUGCGUUAUCCAUCGAUAGAUAA